GUUACUAAUGCUGGAAGCGUGUGUUCUUCUUUUCCCAUGUAAGGUUGGAAUUCAUACCAAGGCAUGGUUCAUUGCCGGGAUCUUUUUACUGAUGACUAUACCAAUAUCUCUCUGGGGGAUAUUGCAACAUUUAGUUCAUUAUACCCAACCUGAAUUGCAGAAACCGAUAAUAAGAAUUCUAUGGAUGGUGCCGAUUUACAGUUUAGAUAGCAACUUACAUGAGUACAAACAAUGAGCUCCAAGUCUUGCCCUUCCAGAACACUAUGAAGACAAGCCUGUGAGUUCUGAAAGCCCAGGUGGAUAGCUUUGAAAUAUCCCAACAUUGCAAUAUAUGUGGAUACCUGUAGAGAAUGCUAUGAAGCUUAUGUCAUCUAUAACUUCAUGGUAUUCCUUUCAAAUUAUCUAACCAACCGCUAUCCAAACCUGGUAUUAAUCAUAGAAGCCAAAGAUCAGCAAAAACACCUACCUCCCCUCUGUUGCUGUCCAUCAUGGGCUAUGGGAGAAGUUUUAUUAUUUAGAUGUAAAUUAGGUGUUUUGCAGUACACUGUGGUCAGACCAUUUACCACCAUUAUUGCUUUAGUCUGUGAAUUGGUUGGAGUGUAUGAUGAAGGAAACUUCAGUUUCAAAAACGCUUGGACAUACUUGGUUAUAUUCAACAACAUGUCCCAGCUUUUUGCUAUGUAUUGCCUGGUCCUGUUUUAUAAAGUACUACGUGAGGAGCUGAAUCCCAUCCGACCUGUUGGCAAGUUUCUUUGUGUGAAGAUGGUGGUUUUUGUUUCCUUUUGGCAAGCUGCCCUUAUUGCCUUGUUGGUGAAAGUUGGUGUUAUUUCUGAGAAACACACCUGGGAAUGGCAAAGUGUGGAAGCUGUGGCCACAGGCCUGCAGGAUUUCAUUAUCUGUGUGGAGAUGUUCUUGGCAGCUAUUGCACAUCACUACAGUUUUUCCUAUAAACCUUAUGUACAAGAAGCUGAAGAAGGGUCAUGCUUUGAUUCUUUUCUUGCAAUGUGGGAUAUUUCUGAUCUUAGGGCAGACAUAUCGGAACAGGUUCGAAAUGUUGGAAGGACAGUUUUGGGCCAGCCAAGGAAAAUGUUUUUUACUGAGGAUCAUGAACAAAAUGAACAUACAAGUUUGCUGUCAUCUUCUACUCAAGACCCAAUUUCAGAUGCUGCUUCUAUGCCAUCUUCACCCAUGGGUCAUUACCAGGGGUUUGGACACACUGUGACACCUCUGACUACACCCACAGCUACGCUAUCUGAUGGCAUUUAUAACACCACAAUUGCUGCUGAAGAGAAUGAGGAUUCCCCUGUUACUGAAUACAGUACAGCAGAGAAGCCUUUAGACAAAAGUUAAGCCUAUCUCCACUUGUGUGCUAAGGAAUUUGAGUCCUUUCCUGCCAUGUUUUGUGAUAAUAGACCAUUGUAUGUGGAAAUAGUGUCAGUGGUUGGGACAAACUGCAGCAGAGCAUAUGUGGUUUGGAAUCUUGGGUCUAAAUACUGAAUCUGUAACUGAUUUGAGCCCAUUGUACUACCUUAAUAUAAAACAGAGUUUGAAAUGUCUCUGUACGUAAGAAGCAACUCCUUAGAGUGCUGAAGUAUUUAAAAGGUUCUUUAGUGGAUAUGAAAGACAGUAUUGUACUGAAAUUAAACUGACAUUUAUUCAAAAGACAUCUAAAAACAAGGACUGUGUUUUUCACAUGCAUGGAAUAUAGGUAGCGCUAAUAAACAGGUUUAAGAAUGUAAUUGCACAAAUGAAUAAUGCAGACUUUUGUUAAGUUUAUCUUUCCUGUAAAAUAGGCACUAAAGAAAUGUGGAGGUGAUGAGGGGGGGAGAAGGAGAUUACUACCCCUCCACCCCCCCACUUUCCCUUUUACAUAAAUGUAUACAACUAAAACCCCUUCAUGAAGAUACCCUCUUUCCAAUGCAGAGUACUGAUCUGGCUGAGCAUCAGCCUGAGGCUCCUGCAAAACUUAUCUGCUCCCUAUGAACUCAGGACCCAAAAUUGCCCCCCCCCGAGCAUGACAGUACUACACAUCUUGCCUUUUUUCCUUUGUAAAAGAAACAAAGUCUGAGCAUAGGAGCUCGGAAAUGCCCAUAUUUUAAAACUGCUGCUCAGGGCAAGUAAUCUACAUGUGGCUUCCAUUUCCCCUAUCCUUAAAAUGGGAAUAGGACUUCCCUAACUUCAUGUAUUUAUGGGGAAAAACAAUUAGUGUUUGUAAAAUUUGUCUAGUGGGAAAAGCAUUCAAUGAGAUUAAAAGAAAAGUUUCUUUUUUCAAACUUGAAGCUGCAGUAAGCUCUUAAACAUUUCUUUAAACAAUCUUAACCAUGUCAAAGAAGAAUAUUUCCCAAGAGUGGGUCUGUAGUAGUUUGUAUUCACUGAUUUUGUGUGCCUCUCUUUGUGGUCUAGGUUCAAAUAAAAUAAAUUGUCCCCUCAUGGAGGAGGAGAGAUUCACUAAGGGAGAAUCAAAUAAAUCUGGAGUUGCUAAGUUUAGACUUCAGAACAAAAUAAGUACACUUCUAUCAAAGCACUAAGGAUCUUUUUUCCUCCCUAAAAUGAAGAGGGGUAUUUUUGUACCCCCAGUAACAAGCUUACAUUUGUAUUGCAUGCUUGCAGUCCAACAUUCAUGUUGGAAAAAAAAAUAGAGCUGCAUUGACGCUUUUUAAAGUAGCAUCUACAACAUUCCACCAAGAAAUACUUGCAACUUAACUUAUUUCCUUAUCUGCAUUGAUAACCCUUUACAGGGCAAAACUUAGUUGUAAUGUUUGGCUCAUCAUAAAAGUGCUUUUUGCAGUACUAGUGUUAUGUAAAUAUAUUUUGCCUUAUUCACUAGGCUGCAUAUUUUAUAGUUAAAAUUAGAUAUGUACUUCACUGUACCUGAAGUUGGCAGAAAAGAGCAAACCGUACUUUGUUUUGCUAGUUCAUUGUCAUCAUUGUAAAUAAGCAAAUAAAUUUUAAUUGAAACUUG